AUGGCUCUGUGUGCCACCAGUUCGUAUUAUGAACCCCAAGAGAUUGCAGCUCGUAUACUGCCAAAUGUUGUUGUUCUCACAAUUAAUCCUCACAGUGAUGUCCGGUCAAAGGCUUUCCAAGCAGUUGAACAGUUUUUGCAGAUAGUUAAGCAGUACCAUGAAAAGACAUUUGGUGGGGAUAGCAAUGAGUGUAUGGGGUCCACAAUUUCAUCACUUCCAGGGAAUGCAAGUAUACUUGGAUGGGCAAUGAACUCUUUGACAACAAAAGGCAAACCCUCUAAACAAACCACACAAGCAAUGCCUCCAAAAUCCACGUCACCUCUUGUUUCUGUUGUCCCCACUACAUAUGAAGAGAUUGAAAAAGACGGGUGGGACGAUAUGUUGCCACUAGAAGACGAAAAGCUGCCACCUGCUCUUGCAAACAUCGAAGCAGCUCAAAAACGGCUUGUCGUACACACAAAACCACAAGGAUCAAUUCCUCGGCCGAAAUCUACGUCACAUGUGAGCAAAGAUGCAUAUGAUGAUUUAUGGGGCUCAAUAACUGCCCCUGGCCCAGCUCCUGCCCCAAAAUUGGCUUCAAGGUCUUCAAAUUUGAAUGUGAAAGCAGCAGCAGAAGGAGGAAGUGGGAGUGGGUGUGUUGUUGAUGAGGAUGAUCCAUAG